GCUUUUUCAAAGAAAAAAAAAUGGUAGUUCCUUAGUUCAAAGUUUUACCAGCGCCAGUUUUAUUAGCAAUUCUAUAACUCGUACAAAAAGCCAAAUCUUUACAAGUAAAGUAAUAGAAGUUAAAAAUGUGUUAGAAGAAGAACAAGAAG